GCUACAACUCAUUUUAGAAAUAAAUUUUGAAGUGUCGCACUCCCAUAAAGAACUGUUUAGCAAUGUUAAAUUUAGGUAACAUUAAAAAUCGAUCCAAAUUCUAUGAUCAACAGGAUGAAAACAGACUCCAAAAGCGGCGCAAGAAGGGUGCUGCCCAAUUGGAUGCAAAACCAUUCCCGGACGAGCCCGUAACGUCGAGUGAGGAAAGUCUAUAUCCUCGGGUUAGCCGUAUGCUACGUCGGAUGAGCUCUUCGCUCUGGUCACGACUUUGGGGUCUAUCCAAUCAAUCCACUGACUCUGCCCGCCUGAAGACACAUCCGAACGAGCUAGGCAACCAGUACCCGCCGAGGACGGAUUCGGGGCAGAUCCCUCUGUGGCAGGCCAGCCCGACAGCUUAUUUGGGAUAUCGUUUCCGAUUGGGCAGAUAGAUAUAGGGUCCGCUUUGUGUCAAUAGAAGUGGGACAGCUGAAAUCAAAGUUUGCGCCGGUCGAUAUUCGCCGGAUCGGCUCUCUGGCGGAAACACUUUGGACUUCCUAUUACCGCCCACCUCGUUUUCCUAUUGCAGCCCGCACCAUGACGACACUAAGUGGCAUUCAAGUUGCAUCCAAUCCGUACCGUACCCCGUCUUUCUGGUGUCCGCUUGCCUGGCUUGUGGUUUGCGUUUAAAGUUUAAGUGGCGCAAAAUCAGCGCUCAUGCAGUGGAAGAAACUGUGCAAGUCUUAAGCUAACGAUUAUAAAGUACCAAAUUAUAACUUUUAAUGUAUUUUCUAUAAAUAUAUUCUACUACUAAUUUUUAAGUAUAAAAAAUGCACUUGUAAUAAAUGUAAAAAAUUC